CUUAAAUGACUGCUUACAAACUGGUCCGUCUUUAUUGAAUGAUCUUACAGCCAUAUUGCUUAGAUUCCGCCUCCACCGCGUUGCCUUAACAGGCGAUAUAGAAAAGGCUUUCCUCAACGUGCGACUCGACGAAAAGGACCGCGACUUCACCAAAUUUCUGUGGUUGUCCGACCCGUCCGACCCAGAAAGCCAAUUCAACGUGUAUCGCUUCAAAUCGGUACUUUUCGGAGCUGUUUCCUCACCCUUCAUACUCAACGCCGUCGUUAAAACGCAUCUAGAGUCUAAAGCGUCGAUUCCGACAUCCUCCGAUCUCCAACGAAAUAUAUACGUGGACAAUGUUGUAAGUGGUGUUGAUAACAAUGCCGAAGCCGUCACCUACUAUAACGAGGCUAAUACUUUGAUGAAAUCGUGCGGUUUUAAUUUACGCGCAUGGUCUUCAAAUUCCCAUGAAGUUUGCACCCUCGCUGACAAAGCUAACACGCUAAAUCGCGACACGAAUGUCAAUGUGUUGGGCAUUCGCUGGAAAGUUGAUUCUGAUGAACUGUGCUACCCUACAAGGGUCAACGACCGUCUCUAUGACAACCCAGUAACUAAACGGACAAUCGUACAAGAUACUGCAAGUUUGUACGACCCUCUUGGAUAUUUGUCUCCCAUACACAUCAAGGCUAAGUUACUCAUUCAGCUACUAUGGAAACAGAAACUCGGCUGGGAUGAUAAACUUAGUGAUGACAUGACACAGAAGUGGGAGGAAAUAUCAAAUGACAUAAUGGAAGCCGCCAACACUAAAUUCAAACGCCGGUACUUUAAUUCGGACUCUAAAAUUAAAGAGUGUGAGUUACACGUUUUCGGAGAUGCUAGCAACAAAGCUUAUGGGGCCGCCGUUUAUCUGCGACACAAUAACGAAACGUCUUUAGUCAUGGCGAAAAGCAGAGUCGCGCCUCUGAAACCGGAAAUCACCCUGCCCCGGUAUCAGACUACUUCGAUUCGUAUCGGAUGCAUUGAAGGACACGAUUUGGUGACAAGAGGGGUUACGGCUCGCCACUUCGCGGAACAUUCGAACUUGUGGUGGUCGGGACCACCAUGGCUGAAGAAAGGCGACUGGCCUGUUUGUGAGCUAUUUGACAGCGCCGUAAACCACGUUCCAAUCACUGACAUUGAACCUAUUGCGCCGAUAACGGACAUUACACAAGUUCACGGUGAGUCUGAACAAUUCUCCAAUGCUAAAAACCCCACUGUCGAACUUGGUGAAAUACCACCGACAGGAAUACAAUAUAUUAUCAACGCCGACAAUGUCAGUUCACUCAAUAAACUACUAAGAAUUUCUGCGUAUGUACUUCGGUUCAUCUCCAAUAUGAAAAGAGACAAAGAACGAAAUAUCGACCCCCUCACCGCACACGAAAUUCAGCAAGCAGAACGCAUGUGGGUUCGAGAUAUUCAACGCGAACAAUUUCAGGCCGAAAUACGUUCAAUACAAAGAAAACAUGGAAAACUCGGACACUUAACAAAACAACUCAAACUGUUUGUUGAUGACGAAAGUAUAUUGCGAUGUGGUGGGAGGUUACACAACGCCCCACUAGAUUUUAUCACGAAAUUCCCAGUUCUGUUACCAACUGGCCAUCGGUUCACCGAACUCGUGAUCACUAACGCGCACGCGCAGGUGCUGCAUUCCGGUCUCCAAGCAACCAUCACCCACAUUCGACAAAGAUUCUGGAUUGCUAGAAUUCGACAAGUGGUGAAAGCAUUACUUCGCAAAUGUGUUACUUGUAUCAAGGUAUCUGGAUCUCAUUAUCGGCCUCCUGUUUCCGCACCACUGCAAUCUUGCAGAGUGAACAGUACGCCGCCAUUCACAGUAACCGGGGUGGAUUUUACUGGCGCACUUUACGUGAGAUCAUCACAGAACACUAAAGAAACUAAAGCUUAUGUGUGUUUAUUCACGUGCGCAGUCACUCGAGCUAUUCACCUCGAACUUGUCCCCAAUUUGUCAACGAAAUCCUUUCUGUAUGCCUUUUGCAGAUUUGCUGCACGGAGAUCGAUUCCUUCUAUCAUGAUAUCCGACAAUGCAUCUACCUACCUCUCCGCCUCGAAUGAAAUCAGGAAAUUAUUUUAUUCACCGGAAGUGAAAACUUAUCUAGCCAAUAAUCGAAUACAAUGGCGCUUCAUCCCAAAACGCGCACCGUGGUUCGGGGGCUUCUGGGAACGGUUAAUUGGAUUAACGAAAACAGCGAUUAAGAAAGUACUAGGUCGAUCAUUCGUGACCUACGAUGAACUCAACACCAUCCUCGUCGAAAUCGAGUCCGUCCUCAACGAGCGACCAUUAACAUACGUAUCUUCUGAUAAAGAAGACCCUACGCCACUUACACCGUCACAUCUACUACACGGCCGCUCGCUGACGUGUGUACCCUAUCGGAUUAUUGACGACGAUGAAUUUGGAGACCCGACCUUCGGAAACCAAAUGGACAUUGAGAAACGCCACGCCCAUCUCUCUAAAUUACUAGAACAUUUUUGA